CAGUGUCUCCAGUGCCCAGCUGUGUAUCCAUGAAGAGUAGCUGGUCCAUGUUUGAGCCUCCCACUUUCAGCAGUGGACCUUCACAUCAUGCAGCAAGAUCAGAAAAGCCCAGGCCGGUGUCUCUAGUGCCCAGCUGUAUGUCAAUGAAGAGUAGCUGGUCCAUGUUUGAGCCUCCCACUUUCAGCAGCGGACCUCCACCUUAUGAACAAAGACCAGAGAAGCCCAGACCAGUCUCUCCAGUGCCCAGCUGUGUAUCCAUGAAGAGUAGCUGGUCAAUGUUUGAUCCUCCCAACUUCAGCAGUGCACCUCCACAUUAUGAAGCAAGUGGGUUCAGAAAUGGUCUAACCAGCGAGCUGUCCAGGUGUGAUAUAUGUGACCAGCCCCUGAGUUCCCCGGUCAUCACCACCUGUGGACACAGUUUCUGCAGCCAGUGCAUCAGCCGCUUCUGCAGCCAGUCUGGUCCAUCAGGAGACUACAGCUGCCCCCAGUGCAGGACAACAUGCAGAACACAACCUGUUAUCAACCCCGACACAACCAUGGCACAAACUCUCCUGCAUUCACACGGGCCUAUAGCACAAACUCUUCCAUACACAACAAUUGUGCAACCCAAUGUAUACCCUUCUGCGUAUAUUGUACCACCUAACCUAAGCCUCUCUGUAGCCGCUGUACGACCUACUGUAAACCCAUCUGCAACCAUGGUACAACCUACUGUAAAUCCCAAUGCAAUCAUAACGCAACCUUCUGCACACCAUUCUGCAUCCAUGACACAACAUCCGCUAUACCAUUCUGCAUCCAUGACACAACCCACUGAAAACCCAUCUGUAACCAUGCAAGAUCCUUCCCUUUACCACCACAAUGAAAUGCUGGAACGUCAUCUCUCCAGACCUCCAUCAUUGCCUCACCCGUCUCCAUACCAACAUGCAUACCUGCAGCAGCAUCCUCUAUACUCAGAGAUGGGACAGAAUAGUCUAAAUCCACAUUUGCCUGCGGCACAGUCCUCUCUACAGCCUCCUGAAGUCAUUGCACGAUAUCCUCCAUACUCACACUCAGAGAUGAGGCAGGAUCCUCUACAUCCUCACAAGCGUGCAGCACAGUCCUCUUUACAGCCCUCUGAAGUCAUUGCACAAUAUCCUCUAUACCCAACCUCAGAACUGGGGAAGGGUCCUGUAAAUCCACUCAAGCGCACAGCACAGCCUUCUCCACAGCCUCCUUUAGGUCAGCACGCAGCAGACACCAACCACAUCCUGACUGACCAUGUUCCAGCUAAAAGGGCAAGACUAGCAGGAAACUGUGACCUGAAUAGUGUACUGAUGAGCCAUAAAGCCAAAAUGAAGAAGAGAUUUGAGAGUAUAUCUGAAGGCAUCAUAAGGCCAGGAGCCCAAACACUCCUGAACAAGAUCUACACAGAGCUCUAUAUCACUGAGGGAGAAAGUGAAGACGUGAAUAAUGAACAUGAAGUUUGGCAGGUAGAAGCUGCAUCCCGACCACAAACUACAGACGACACAGCCAUCAACUGCAAUGACAUCUUCAAGCCCUUACCUGGACAGGAGGGACACAUAAGAACUGUCAUGACAAAGGGGAUAGCUGGCAUCGGAAAAACGGUCUCAGUACAGAAGUUCAUCCUUGACUGGGCAGAAGAGAACGCUAAUCAGGAUGUGGAUUUCAUGUUUGUGCUUCCAUUUCGUGAGUUAAAUUUAGUUAAAUAUGCCCAACAUAGUCUUCACAGGCUCCUGCUUGACUUCCACCCUGAGCUUAGUGUAUUGGAAAAUAGUGAAUACAAAGAUUGCAACAUCAUAUUUAUCUUUGAUGGUCUGGAUGAAAGUCGACUUCAAUUGGAUUUUCAAAAUAAUAAGGUUUCAGAUGCAACACAUUUGUCACCCAUGAAUGUGCUGAUGACGAGUCUCAUUCAAGGAGCCCUGCUUCCCUCUGCUCGAAUCUGGAUAACCUCCAGACCAGCCGCAGCCAAUCAGAUCCCCUCGAGGUUUGUCAAUCUGGUGACAGAAGUACGAGGGUUCAGUGAUCCCCAGAAGGAAGAGUACUUCAGGAAGAGGAUCAAUGAUCACAGUCUAGCCGACAGACUCAUUACACACAUUAAAGCAUCCAGAAGCCUGUUCAUUAUGUGUCACAUGCCAGUCUUCUGUUGGAUCGCCGCCACUGUCCUUCAGCAGAUACUGGAAGAAGAUGACAGGAGGGAAGCCCCUAAAACCCUGACAGAGAUGUUCAUACACUUCCUGCUCAUCCAGACCACCAGGAAGCAACAGAAGUAUCAAGAGGAAACUGACGCAGAUAGGCAGAGGCUUCUAGAAUCCCACAAGAGUGUCAUUCUGAAACUGGCGGAGCUGGCAUUCACACACCUGGAGAAUGGCAAUCUUAUGUUCUAUGAAGAAGACCUGAGACAGUGUGGCAUUGAUGUCAGUGAAGCAUCAGUGUACUCUGGAAUGUGCACUGAGAUCUUCAGGGAGGAAUGUGUGUUUGAUCAUCAGAAGGUCUACUGCUUUGUCCAUUUGAGCAUCCAAGAGUUUCUCGCUGCUCUGCAUGUGUUCUCAUCUUACUUAAAUAAGAAUGCGGAGGUAUUGGGACAAUUUGUGAAAAGAAAGGCCAGCAUACCAACAUUGCCACUUGAUGAGCUGUUGAAGAGUGCAGUGAACAAAGCUUUGGAAAGCAAGAAUGGACAUCUUGAUUUGUUUGUUCGUUUCCUUCAUGGCAUUUCCCUGACGUCAAAUCAUGGACUGAUGCUUGGCCUCCUGACACACGCACACAGCAGCCCGGAGAGUGUGAAGAAAACAAUCAAGAACCUGAAGGUGAUGCAGAGACCAAACAUCUCCCCCGAGAGGUGCAUCAAUCUCUUCCACUGUCUAGUGGAAAUGCAUGACUCCUCUGUCCAUGAUGAAAUCCAAGCUUUCCUCAAAGCAGAGAAGGGAUCCGUCAAACAGCUUUCACUGGCUCACUGCUCUGCCUUGGCCCAUGUGCUUCUGAUGUCUGAUGAAGUGCUGGAUGAGUUUGAUCUGAAGAAAUACAAGACCUCUCCUGAAGGUCGUAGGAGACUUGUCCCAGCUGUGCGAUGCUGCAGAAAGGCUCUGCUUGCUGGCUGUAAACUGACAGAGGCAUCCUGUGAGACUGUGGCCUCAGCUCUGCAGACUCCAAACUCCCCCCUACGAGAGCUGGACCUGAGUCACAAUGACCUGCAGAAGUCAGGAGAGAAGCUGCUGUCUGCUCUUCACAGCCCACACUGCAACCUGGAGAUAUUAAGGCUCAACCGGUGUGACCUCUCCAAAGCCAGCUGUGACAUGAUGGCAUCAGUGCUGCAGCGGCUAUCUUCCCCUCUGCGAGAACUGGACAUGAGUGACAACGACCUGCAGGACGGAGGAGUGGAGCUGCUCUGUGUGGGACUGAGACAUCCACAAUGCAAACUAGAGACACUCAGGUUGUCUGGUUGCCAGAUCUCACCUAAGGGUUCUUCUUUCCUGGCGUCUGCCCUCAAAUCAAACCCCUCCUACCUAAAGGAGCUUGAUCUUACCUACAACCACCCAGGAGACUCAGGUGUCAGGGAACUCUCAGACAGACUGAAUGAACCCAGCUGUAAACUAGAGACUCUCAGGUUUGAUCAUGGAGGAGAAUGCAGAAUGAAACCAGGACCCAGAAAAUAUGCCUGUGAGCUGACACUGGACCCCAACACAGCAGACAGCAGCCUCUCUCUCUCUGAGGGGAACAGGAAGGUGACAUGUAGAAUACAGCAGCAGCAGUAUCCUGACCACCCAGACAGAUUUGACUGCUAUCCUCAGGUGCUGUGUAGUGAGGGUCUGACUGGACGCUGUUACUGGGAGGCUGAGUGGAGUCAUGGGGCUGAUAUAGCAGUGGCAUAUAAAAGCAUCCAGAGGAAAGGAUUGAGGGAUGAGAGCAGGUUUGGACUGAAUGACAAGUCCUGGAGUCUGAGGUGCAGUAGUGACAGUUACACUGCCCGUCACAAUAAGAAGAGGACUGACAUACCCGCCCCCUUCCCCCGCUCCAGCAGAGUAGGAGUGUGCCUGGACUGGCCAGCAGGCACUCUGUCCUUCUACAGCGUCUCCUCUGACACACUCACCCACCUGCACACGUUCCACUCCACCUUCACUCAGCCCCUCUAUCCUGGGUUUCUGGUUUGGUCUUCUGGCUCCUCAGUGUCCCUGUGCCAGAUCACAUGAGCUCCUCAUCCUACAGGACACACACCUAGAUUCUAUGCAGGCACACGCGUGUACACACACA